ACGACAUACCACUAGGGUUUUAAUUCGUUCCAUAUAUAUAUUUCAUCUUCUCUUCUUCUUAGCACUUUGCCUCCUUCCUUCAAACCCUAGAACGGUAAGUGUAGUGAAAAAAAGGAGCGAAAAUGGUGGAGAAAACUAAAGGAAGAAAAGAGGAGGUUGUUUCCAGGGAGUACACCAUUAAUCUCCACAAGCGUUUGCAUGGAUGCACAUUCAAGAAGAAGGCCCCUACAGCCAUCAAGGAGAUCCGAAAGUUUGCACAGAAAGCUAUGGGAACAAAGGAUGUCAGAGUGGAUGUGAAGCUCAACAAGCAGAUCUGGAGCAGGGGCAUCCGAAGUGUUCCAAGACGCAUCAGAGUUCGUAUUGCUCGCAAGAGGAAUGACGAUGAGGACGCAAAGGAAGAGCUCUACUCUCUUGUCACUGUUGCAGAGAUCCCAGCAGAGGGUUUGAAGGGUCUUGGUACCAAGAUCAUCGAAGAUGAGGAAUAAACUGUCUUUUUUAGCGAAGAAUGAUGAUACCAUUAGUGUUUUUUGUUAUCCCUUUUAGUGCUUUGAGACUGCUAAAUUUUGUUUAUGAUACUCAAGUAUUUCCGUGUUUCAAAGUUCUCACCAUGAUUUUAUGCUAUUUAUCUU